CCCGCAUGACGCGCUGACGUGCGGUGUGUGCGAGGGGCUUUCCACAGCAGCGUAGCGCCGUGGCGACAUCUACUCCAACAUAAAUAUUUAUGGAGUCUCUUAGAGAUAAUUUACAAUAAGCGGACGUAGGUUAGUUAACCAGAUAAUGUUAGUUAUGUCAUCCUCCAACUGGUCACCUGUCAAAGGCCAUUCCUGAGGCGAUGUAAAACUGUGAGUUUAACGUUAAUAAAUGACGUUCACGAGCAGUUACGUUCCGCCAAAAGUUGGAUAUGUUGCACCAGAUAGAGUGGGAUUCAUCAGAUGAAGUUCUGGCUGGAUCAAUGGAAGAGCCCCCUCACUUAUCAGAUUUUCCUCAGUCGAAGCCCUCCACCACCAACAUCUCAGAGCAUGAAUUCUCGUGUCACUGUUGCUAUGACAUCUUAGUGAACCCCACCACCCUGACCUGCGGCCAUAACUUUUGUCGCCACUGUCUGGCUCUGUGGUGGGAAUCCUCUCACAAGAAUGAGUGCCCAGAGUGCCGGGAGAAGUGGGAAGGCUUCCCUAAAAUCAACAUACUGCUGAGGGAUGCAACUGAGAAGCUGUUCAGUGAGGUCGUUGAGCGGAGGAAAGCAGAGAUCCAGACUAACCCCAAAAUCUCCCGCAGCUUGCUGGCCUUCCAAAGGUAUGGUGAUAACUUGGGUAGAUCCAGGACAAACCAGCACAAAGGAGCAGGCUUCUUCUUUUCUGGAGUCCUAACUGCACUCACGUGUGUUGCUGUGAUGGUGCUGGUGUAUCACUGGAGCAGUGGUGUGGUGGAGCAGUAUGACCCGUUGAUCAGUAAACCCGUGUCUCGCUGGACGCCGGAGGAAGUCGUGUCCUGGCUGGAAAACUUGGGGCCAUGGGCCCAGCUUUACAGAGAGUCCUUCCAGCAGGAGAACGUCAAUGGGAGGCUGCUGUUGAUGCUGGGGGAUGAAGAGUUGUUAAAGCCUCCUUACAACAUUGAGAAUCAGGCUCACCGAAGGGCUGUUCUGGCUGAACUGGACAGAGUUAAAACCCUGGGGGUCAAACCUCCGCAGAACCUCUGGGAAUACAAGGCUGCUAAUGCUGGGAAGUCUCUGUUCCUGCUGUAUGCACUGAAGCGCUCCCCUCGUCUUACACUCUUCUAUUUGUAUUUAUUCGACUACUCGGAAACCUUCCUGCCCUUCCUGCACACCUGCUGUCCGGCCAUCGCAAAUAUCGACAAGUCAAUGGAGAGCAGCUUCCUCAACACACAGUUGGAGCCCAGUUGGCGGCAGUGGGCAGAGUUUCUUGUAAAGUACCUCCUGCUUCCAUACCAACUGAUAGCAGAGUUUGCUUGGGACUGGCUGGCCAUCCACUACUGGACAUCUCGCUUCAUUAUUGUUAAUGCCAUGCUGCUGUCUGUGCUGGAGGGCUGCGCCCUGUGGACACUCUGGACAAGAGCCAGGAUCAGGACUCUGCCACGCAAGAUGUGGAACCACUUGUGGAAGAUGUUAUCUCAGGGGUUUGCCUUUGCCAUCCUGUGGCCUUUUGUCCCUCAGUUUGUGUGCAACUGCCUCUUCUACUGGGCUCUCUACUUCAGUCCCAUCAUUAAUAUAGACCUGGUGGUGCAGCAGCUAAUGCACCCAGAAACGCAGGCACUCUAGCAAACUGCAUGUAGUCAGUGCCCAACUAAUACCGUACAGUUCACAGCAAAUAAAAUAGCCAGGAUUCCAGUUGCUGUAGAGGAGAUGUGUUCAUUUUUAGCAGUAAACUCAAUUGAGACUGGCUUAUUUGCUGUUGGAUAGGAAGUUUUCUCGCUUCCUGUCUUGUCUCUGCUGGAUGUUUGCCACGUGAAAAAAAGAGAGGCAUUAAGCUAUUUUAGGAGAAACAAAAACCAACAAGAUGAGAGAGUGAAAUGACUGUGAUGUUAUAGAUUAGGAGAAAUUACUGCAGUGAUCCCUCUCUGCGUGCACAGUGCAUUCACAAACCACAUUGCCUAAAUGGUCCAGAGGGCAGUUAUGCAAAUUAAAAAUUGUGACGUUCCAACACUGGUGGUAGUGAAGACAGGAGUUUUCUGACAGUUUUGUAGCACCAAUAUGGCUGUAGUUCAAAAGUGAGCUUUUUUUAAUGCAUAUACUGACUUGGCUACUUAAGGUGAAUAGGCACAUAUAUAUUUAUAU